AUGAUUAAUAUAAAUGAAUCAUUUGAUUGGAAUCCAAGCAAACUACCAGAAAUGUCUAUAUUAGAAGAGGCGUUGCGUUGUCGAAUAUGUAGAGAUUUGAUGCAAACCCCAUUAAUUACAGGAUGUUGUCAUACAUUUUGUUCACUUUGUAUUCGUAGAUGUUUAUCUGAGAAACAACAAUGUCCAUUAUGUCGUCAACCUGAACAGGAGAAUAGAUUGCGUAGAAAUAUAUCAAUUGAAGAAGUAAUUGAAAUUUUUGAAAGAAUCAGACCGGGAUUAAUGGCAUUGGCUAAUCCUCUAUCUAAUACGGAAGUUAGUAGAGAGAUUAAUACGGAAAUUAAGUCACCGGAUAUAAAUUCGAUUCCUACGAUUGUUAAAUGUCCAGUAUGUUAUCAAUCUGUUGAUUUUGAUAAAAUUCACAUGCAUCUUGAUGUAUGUUUAAAUCAAAAAAGUAGCAGUUGUAUACAAACUGUUAUUUCACCGAAAACAGAACCACAUAUGUAUUCUAGGUUACCGAAACUUAAUUAUGCUCUUCUUAGUGAAUCCAAACUUCGAUCAGAACUCAAAUCCCUUGGAUUAAAGAUAUCAGGCGAUAAAGCAAUGCUUCAGCGAAGACAUACUGAAUGGAUUAAUCUUUGGAAUGCAAAUAUUGACUCUAAAACACCUGUUAGUAAACGAAUAUUACUUGAAAAAUUAGAUGCCUGGGAUCAGAUGCAAUUAAAAACAACUAGCAUGAAAAAUAUUUCAGAUAAAAAUUGGAUGCAGACAUAUAAAACAGAUUUUGAUAACCUUAUUGAAAAUGCUCGACAAUCGAAAAAAAGAAAAACCGAUACAUCGCCAAAAAAUGAACCUCCCGAGACUCAAUAA